AUGAGCAGUACGGCAAAGAUUCUAACGUUAAAGGAUAUUCUAGAUCUUAAGCAGGAGGACCCUCUAUUGUUCCUCUUGCAAGAGCGCAAUAACCUCGCAAAUCAGAACAACCAGCUCUGGAGUUUGAUAGACAAGCAGAAGACUACAAUAAACAGGCUGAAUGACGAGUUAGACGGUUUGCCAUAUCAACAUUCUACACCUCCGCAGCCAUCCCCACCGGAAAUUAUUGCGCCUAAGCCACUGCACCUCAAUAACAAGCAAUUGCUCACUCAGUCGCCUCCGCCAGCCCAGACGCCUUAUAUGCAGUCUAAUCAUAGCUUUGAUGAUGCCCUCACAAAGUUUCCGAUAAGACCCGCCAUGCUUUCAGCCAUAGAGAAGGCCCAGCAUAGCCAACAGCCUCCACAAAGAGGACCAUAUAUGCAGCAAUUCAAUCACUCAUUUAACAACCUGCCACAAGCACGUACUCACUUUCAACAAUCUCAGGUUGUCCACCAAUCACCACCAAUAGCUCACCAAUCACCCCCAAUCACCCACCAAUCGCCACCAAUUGCUCAUCAAUCAGCGUCAGUCAUUCAGAAACACCCACCUCAGGCGCGCACAACCGAGGACAAACCGGCCUACUUUAAACUCACGCCUUCUUUAGUUCCAACAUUAAAGUUAGCUGUCUUGUCAUCUUCUAUCAAGCCAAACAGGGAUAACAAAGAUUCUUACGCGUUUACUAUCAGUGUGAAAUAUGAGCAAUCAAAUGCUGAGUGGAAAGUAGAGAAAAGUUAUGAUGCCAUUUAUGCUUUGGAUAUGAAAAUUAGAGAAAUUAUAAAGAAACCUUACUUUAAACAUACAAAAGGAAGGUUGAUGACCCUACCAGAUAAGAACACUUUCAAGGAUAGAUCUCCAAACAAAAUUAUACACCAAAAGAUACUCCUAGAGAACUAUUUCAACUCUAUUAUAUCUAUACCGCACACAUACUCUAUUAUUCCUAAGAAUAGCGCAACCCCUCACAUGGAAUUGGCUGCUUUCCUUUCCUCAAAUUUUGCUAAAUCCUCUAAUGGUCAAAUAAAUGGUCACAAGGAUGGUUACCUCACAAAGAAAGGGAAGAACUUCGGUGGAUGGAAAGCUCGCUACUUUGUAAUAGGAAAGGAAGGGAUUCUUGACUAUUACGAGCAGCGAGGCGGAAAUCAUAUUGGCAGCGUCCGGAUACAUGAUGCCAGUAUAGGUCGCCAACAUCCACAAAGAUUCCAGUCAGAUCCUAACGGUCCAGAAUCAGAAAAUGCUUUCCGUCACGCGUUCCUUAUCAUAGAACGACAUGAAACAACACAGAAGGAGAAAGAUCGUCACAUUCUUUGUGCAGAAAAUGACCAAGAACGUGACGCAUGGAUCAACACUCUUCUUUGGCACCAGAGGGCUCACUCAAAUGCAGCCACCUCUUCGCCAGUUUUUCCACAUGAAGUCAACACAUCUCCUGUCAACGCAGGCUUGAUUGAAGAAGCAACACCUAACCUCGCCGCAGGCGGUUUGAAGAGGAGGGCGACAUCUUCAUCCAAGCCACGCUCAAGGGAGGGAGGAUCUCGUGAUGGUGACAGACCGCGUACAUCUGACAAGCCAAGAUCGAAGGAUGACAUUCAACCUGGUAAUCCUGUUACUUUAUCUUCACUUCCUCCAGAUGCUGCAUCUAAAUUCUCUAUCCCUAAGGAGCUACAAGAAGCACGCCAAGGAGGUUCCUUUGAAUUGUCUCAUUCUAAUGAAAGCCAGCUUUCUUUACCACCACGUGAAGAUAGCAAGGGCGCAACAACUCCAUUGGCUGCUAACAAUAAGGAUAUCAAGAUUAGCAAACCUAUGAAUGGUGCAACUAUUCCAGAAGGCGUUAAAUUUGGAGAUGAUCAACAGAACGAGGUUGUAGACGAUAAAGAAAAAUCAGAAAAACAACAGGAACGCGAACGUAAAGCUAAAAGUAGAGGAUUCUGGGGCGCCUUCAGUGGUAGUUCCAAGGAUAAAACACAAAAAGCACCAGUAUUUGGUGUUUCUAUUAACGAUUCACUCCAACAAGCUCAAAUCGCUGGAUUACCAGCUGUCGUUUUCAGAUGUAUAAAAUACCUCCAACACGUGAAGGCAGAUGAAGAAGAAGGUAUUUAUAGAUUAUCUGGUUCUAGUGCUCAAGUGAAGGCUCUAAAAGAGCGUUUCAACAAUGAAGGUGAUAUUAAUUUAGUUGAGACUGACGAUUUCUUCGAUCCACACGCUAUCACAGGUCUCCUGAAGCUCUACUUCCGUGAAUUGCCAAACAGUGUGCUUACAAGGGAGCUUCACUUCAAGUUCUUACAAGUGACUGAACUCCCUGACGCUAAAAAACGGAUACGAGAGUUAGGAAGAUUAGUUUCAGCGCUUCCUAUUGCUAAUUACGCAUUAUUGAGGGCUUUAAUAUCACAUUUAACUGAUAUAGUGUCAAAUGAGGAAUUAAAUAGAAUGUCACUGAGGAAUGUUGGUAUUGUCUUUAGUCCUACAUUGGGCAUUCCAGCACCACUAUUUGGACUCUUCUUGACAGAGUUUAAGUAUGUGUUCAAUGUAGCAGACGACGGCAAACCAGCACCAAUUGAAGAGUCAACAGAUGAAGAGCAAGAACCCCGGUUGUCUACGACGACGACGGCCAGUGAUAAGCCGUCGAGUCAGGAAACGACACCAACGGAGAUAAUAGAAGAUGAAACGGUGGAUGUAUUAAUGCCCGCACCGAAGUUACAUGGUGAGAAGAAGACACCACCACCGGCUAUUUCAACAAAAAAUCUUCAAGCAAACGGACAAUCGGCACCACUGUCGCCUUUACAGCCGAUACCACCACGGCCAUCAAGGCAAAGGAGGGAUAAUAGGAAUAGCUCGUUAUACGAGGAUGUUAACGUAGAUUCUAUGCUAGGGCUCCGUCCUAAGAAUAUCCGUGAGGCAUUAGCGAGCGCCGGUGGAUUUUAG